AUGUUGCUUGCCAUUCAUACCCUGUUUAUGUCAAUUAUCAGGGGCAUCCAGCUCAUGAUGUGCCCCGUAGAGUCCCCCGCGCCUGGCCAAUGUUCUCCAGAGCAAGUUACUACGCGACAAGAAUGGAGCGAAUUGACGGCGAAUGAGCGCUUGGACUACAUCGAUGCAGUAAAAUGCAUGAAUAAAUUGCCACCGAAGCUGGCAACAUCGCUGUAUCCAGGCGUACACAACCGCAGGGAAGACUUUGUUGCUACGCACAUCAACUAUACCACCCACAUCCACGCUAGUGGAAUUUUCCUGGGCUGGCAUCGGCACUUCAUCUGGCUGUGGGAGCAGGCUCUUCGGAAUAAAUGCCAAUACACCGGAUCACUCCCAUAUUGGAAUUGGGCACUUUGGGCAUCCGAUAUGACUACCAGCCCACUGUUCGACGGCAGCAACACCUCACUUGGCAGCGACGGCGAACCUGACCCGACGCAAAUCGUACCGGGCGUGGCAGGAUUGGGACUUCCCCAAGGUAAUGGGGGUGGAUGCGUGCACUCGGGGCCUUUUACGGAUCUGGAGAUUCAUUUGGGGCCCUUCCACUUUCCCAAAAACCACCAGCUGCCGGAGAAUGCCUUUGCGGACAAUCCGAGAUGCUUGACGCGCAACAUCAACAACCACGUCUCCCGCCUGUAUAUGAAUCAGACUGUGGUCGAUCGGCUGCUGGCGUCCCGUGAUAUUGUUGACUUCCAACACACCAUCGACCACGGGCCGAUUGAGAGUCCAAGUCAAAAACGAGGCCCUCACCCGUCAACUCACAUUUCGCUCGGCAUGGAUUUGGAGGACCUCUUUGCGUCACCCCAAGAUCCAUCAUUUAUGCUCCACCACGGGAUGGUCGAUCGAAUGUGGACGAUGUGGCAGGCAGCUGACGAGCGGGAUCGCCGGUGGGCGCUGAAUGGAACCGGUCUCUUGAACAACCCACCAACAGCCCCGUUAAUCACCUUGGACUCCUGGGUUGAGUUUGGAGCUCUUGAUGAGCCCAAGCAGCUGCGAAAGCUAAUGGACCCGCUGGCUGCACCUCAUUGCUACCGCUAUUCGUGA